AUGUCCUCGGAGGGCAGCGACGCGGUGGCGGGCGGACAAACGCCUAAAGCUAAGCGGAAAGGAGGAAGAAUCGUGCAGUCCCGCUACCUGCAGUUCGAGAAGAAGGACAGCAAGAAGGUGCCCAAACUGCCGAGCUCAGGCGUCGCUCAGAGAAAGGCAGAAAAGGAUGCUUCAUCAAGUUCCUCUUCGUCAAAUACUUCUCUGCCAUCUUCUAAAAGUAAGACUAAAGCAAGAUCGGUUCCCUCGCAGAAAGAUGAAACUUUUCCCGGUGUUGACUACAGCACAUUAAAUCAGAGUGGUUUUGAGCAGGGUGACUUGCAGUCCACUUUAUUAGAUGAAGAAAAAAUGAAGCUACCAGACCUUGAUAUUUCUGCUAUUAAUGAUAAAAGUGACCCCAACAAGAGUUCUUUCUCAGAAUCUGCUUCAGAAGAAGAUUCAGAGACAAAGAAAGUAAGCAGAGUGGCUGAUGAGGAAACUGAUUCUCAGGAUCUGAUGGCAGAGCUGGAAUCUGAGACACUACUUAUCACUUUCCUAAGCGUAAAGACAGAAGAAAAUAUUGCCAAUAUGGAGGAAAAAGCAGAAACAAACUUACUAAUGUUGUGUGAAGAAAAGCAGAGACAACAGGAGAAGCUCUGGGAGCUGAAACGUGAAAUUCUGCUCGAGGAGAGAGAGCAGAAGCUCAACAAAACGUUAGACAAACAGAUAGAAGUGCUGUCUCCCCUUGUUGCUGUCUGUGAACAGUUUAAGGAACAAUACAAAAACUUUGCAGCUUCCCUGGAUGCUACAAGACACGAAUUACCCAUAAAGAACAUUCACAUAGAAGGAGACAAGCAAACCUACCUUGAUGAACUGGGAAAGCAAUUAAUGAUCACACAGGAGCUUCUGGCAGAAGUUAUGCCAAACCACUCAGAGGAUGGUGCAAAAGCAUUUGGUGCACUGAAAGAAUUUAAAGAAGUGUCCGAGCAACUGAGUAAAGGGCUUCAAAGGAGCAUCACAGAUGUGCAGAACCUGUCGUUUGAAGCCUGUAGAGAAGUUUCUCUGCAUAACCAAUACGUGUGUGAAGAGAAUCACGGAGUAGAUGUUGUGAAACGCUGGUAUUUCAACUGAGUUUCUGUAUUGUUUUACUACUGAGUAGGUAUUAACUCAAAGCCAGCAGACUUUUUAUCCUUUUACUUCUUGUGUGGACAUACAACUUGCCCAGUUUUUCAGUGAAGCCAGCAGCAGGGCUGCUCACUGAUGCAGGAAUUGGAGAGUUGUUCUGCUGUCCCACAGGGAGACAUCGCCGCUCGCUUUUAAUGGGGAUUUCUGUGACAGGUUUUCCAUCCCUUUCUGAAAGGUAAAUGAUGAAAAGUGCUAUUCCUGCCAGAUCUGACCUGGGUGGUAAUCUACAGCCUGAGCUGUACAUUGGUUGCUCACUGAACAGCUUCUGCAGGAACUCUGGUUUGUCCCAUAUUUCUGGGUGGGUACAAAGCACUUGUUUGGAAGGAGCCUGGUCACUUUUAACAAUUGAGAAGUUUUGGUAACUGGUUGCCUAAUUGCCUUGUAAAUAAAUUAUUGAAAUGAUAAAUGCUUUUGUAUAAACCUGACUCCUCUAAGGAUUUUAUUCUUUUUAAUAAUAAAGACUAUUUUCUACUGCUCUAGCAGUAGC